AUGGAGUCUGGGGCGGCCAUCACAAAAUAUGGAGUGUUACCGUGGAUACAUUCGAUCCACCUGACUCUGCUGCUGAUCCAUCUGAGCUCACCUGGAGGUACAAGCAGCCUUGAGAACAAAAGCACAGUGUUUAUUUGAAAGAUUCCAGUUAUUCUGAAGUUUCAGUUGAAGAAUCUAAAACAGAUUCACAACAACAGACUGACCUGGUCUAUUGCUGCACAGGAAGACCAUCAUUUGACUUCCUGUUUGUUUAUUUCACCUUUAUUUUUAUCCCUAAGCAGAAUAAAGAGUGUUCAGAUAAAAGAGGAAUAAAAGUCCAAAUGUUCCUUCAGGUCCUCAGAUUUCCCUCCAACCUGCAGAGACAGAAUGAAGACGACAGAUCCUACAUUUCCCAUGAUGCAACUUCAGAGCGCAGCUGAAGAUAAUGUUCGUUCAAAUCUGAUCAGGAGGCCAGUUUGUCCUCACAUCAUCACAGCUCUUUUUGUCAUCCCAUCAUCAUCCUCGUCCACUGUUGCCUUAUAAUCCACCUGUAACCCCCAAUUUCCACCAUAUCCAGAACGGCUCAGAUCUGAAACGGCGGCGAUUUUUGCCUUCCGCCAAUUCCUACCAGAUCCAUUUGUGAGGCAAAUUUCGCCGGGGCUUACUGACAGCAGGAGUCGCCAGAACUCACAAGAACCCGCGGAUUCACGUGUCUCUAUAAAGACAGACACACAGACAUAUAAAAAGUAGAUUGUGUCCCUCCAGAGGAGGAAAUCUACUUCUAGACUUCUAGAAUCAGCAUCUCCUCAUCCAUGGUGUCAUCGGGGUGAAAUGACGUCUAAAAAUCUUUCACUUGUUCGUCUCCGCCCGUUUGCAUGGUGUGAAAUACGAUCCUCCUGAAACACGAAGAGUUUUAUUUUGAAAAGAAGCCGGAUGUUUUAUUUUGUGUGUCUGUGCCCGACUUCCUUUCCAGCACGGGUUAAUCUGUGCUGAACUUAUCUGGCAUGCUCCAGCGUCCAGAAAAAAAAGAACUCUUGCGAUCAGCUGUGAAGUCCAGCGAUCCACAGAGGAACGGAAAGAAUCCGGUGAAAAUUGACACGUUAACUUGAAUGGUUAUGAUCAGCUACGAUCGGAGGAUACGACCCAUUAGUAGACAUUCAGAAUGAGGUGGACAUCAGGGGUAAGGUUAUGACAUCAUCAAUAGGUUAUCUCCCCUCUCUUUCUGCAGUUGGAGCCACCUGUCGUAUCCUGAGGUGUAACUCAGACUUCGUUGCUGCCACGUUGGACCUUGGCAGCAGCAGCAGUGGGGGAGGAGCCAGGGGAGGAGCAGGUGAGGGACCAGGAGCAGGUGAGGGACCAGGAGCAGCGGCUCUCAGCAGGGAGGCGAUGAACACUGGUUACUGCAGCGCUCUGCGCUCCUAUGCCAUGUGCACCAGGCGGAUGGCAAGAGCAUGUCGGGGAGACCUAGCGUACCACUCUGCAGUCCAGGGCAUUGAAGACCUGCUGAUCCAGCACCGCUGCCCCAGGGCGGGGCCCACUGCCCAGCCCCGCCCCCUCCCUCAGGGCACGCUGUCAGAAGACACAUGUCUCUACGAGAGGAGCUUCUUUUCCAGAGAGGGGCAUCUGCCGGAGUACCUGCACUGCAGCGUGUUUGGCGACCCGCACGUCAGAACCUUCAACAACGAAUUCCAGACAUGUGCCGUCCAGGGGGCGUGGCCUCUUAUAGACAAUGAGUUCCUGUACAUACAGGCGACCAGCUCACCAAUGGGCGGGGGGACGCAAGCAACGGCCCUGACCAGGGUGAGUCACUGAAUCUCCAGUUGAUCCUGAACUGUUUAGACCUGAUCAUGAAACCACCAAUGAGUCUGGGAUCAGGUCCAGUCCUGUCAGAACCUUUUUGACAGAGCUGGUUUCAGGGCAAGUUCAGGACUUAGAGAGGAAAAGAGUUCAGAAUUGUUCAAAGUCCUUCGCCACGUGUGUGUGGUGCUGGAGGCAGGGCUUCUGUGGUCACAUUAAACCCCCCAACCCUACUGAGCCUUAACCCUUGGUUCCUGUUAAUUUUAAGAUCCAUCCAGCCUACUUUGUCCCCAAAACGGACAUGCAGAUAAGUGUUCAUAAAAUAAUAUUUUUUUAAAAUGUUUUUAACUUUUUUGACUCAAAUCUCUUAAACAACUUCAACCCUGACCAUUAAAAAAUAAUAAAUAAAAAAUUCGAUGUAUUACCCUUUUUUUAUGCCAUUUUUUUUCACCAUGUCAUAUUUAUUGAUAAAGUGUGCGUUCUAAUCAGCUGAGUCUAUUAGAGCGGAAAAACAUGCCAUUUUCUCCUCCUUUUCUGGAGCCUCGUCCUCUACCAAAUCAAAUGCGAUCGGAAUUAUUUGUUCGCAUUAAAUUAAUUUUAUAUAUAGGCAUAUAAAAUCAGAAGAUAUAUGUAAGAUAGGAAUCAUUUAUAAGUGGUUAUCCACCUCUAACCAAAAUAUGACCGUGAUUACGCUGAUUGUGCGCAUAUAAAGAAUAACUGCAUAUUUGAGAUGGGAUAUCUUCUCAUCUAAUGAUCUGAAGGACCUGUUCAUCCUCAUGCAUGUCCAUCCACUUGCUUGAAGUUGAAAUUGUCCAAUUGUCCCCCUCUCUUUGUCCCACACUGCAGAACUUGGACGUCGGAUUUUCGACUGUAAAAACUCCGCUCACGGCAUGUCCGGUUAUAAUCAUGGACACAGAUUCUCGCCUGUGCACACACGCAGGAGCACACAAACUUUCCUUACACACAUAUCCCACUCUUAGAUAUCCAUAUCUAGUGGCAUGUAAAGUUUCAUUUAUUUCUGUUGAUGUUUAGUGGAUGAAUCAGCGCUUCAAACACUCUCAGUCCAUGAAUGAAGACGUGUGCGCGGCAGAGAUGGGGUUAAAAUGAUGUGCUGGCUCAAUCUGUUGUAUCACUGGCGGAAAGUCAAAUUUAGAGCCCUGCUGAUCGACUGACUGCAAGAAAAGGUUGUAAUAUGUUGUUAUGCUGCUAUAAACACACGGUCAAAAAACGUGUUUUUAAUGGAAGUCUAUUGUCAGAUUUGUGGACAAAGGAGGGUGGGUGGAGCUAAAAUGUGGCCAAGGAGAACUACAGGUAACACAGAGUUUUUUUUUAAUAUGAAGAAAAAUAAGAACUCUCACCAAAUUUGAUGCCCCAAUCUUUAAAAAUGUGACUGUCAGCUCAAAAUAAGGAGGAAAAAAUUACAAAUGUCCUCAAAACGGACAGAGUAGAAACCGAGGGUUAAGGGAACAUGCCAAAAUCCGGUUCCUCAAUGCGCCACCCUAAACCGCUGCUGACCAGCAUAGACCCUGAAAACCUGUCCAAUGUUCAGACCUUCAUGUUUACUCGGUAACAUGGCGUCAUGACCUGGGUCUUUUACCAGGUCCUAGCUGAGUCAUGUGGGUUCAGGUGGACUUGGCAAGGGUUUUCUUUGUUUUUACUGAGGUCCGUUUCCUGUGUGGCGUCCUCUCUCUCUCCUCAGGUCACCAUCAUAUUUAAGAGCAUGCGUCAGUGCAUCGACCAGCAGCUCUACCAGGCCGAGCUGGACAACGUCCCCGCGGCAUUCGCUGAUGGCUCAGUGAGGAGCGGCGAGCGGCGGGGUCACCACAGCCUGACGGUACGGACUCAAAGUCCUGGUCGACACGUCGAGAUCAGAGCGGCUCACAUCGGGACGCUCCUGGUGGUGCAUCAGAGUGGGCGGUCCCUCACCCUGUCCAUCCGCUCUCCACGUGGCGUGGUAGAGGCCUUCGAUCCAGAGCAGGACCUGCAGCUGUGCGUGUUGGGCUGCCCCUCAUCACAGAGACUCAACACGCUCCGCCCACUGGCUUCAAAGUCCCCACCUCUCUCCACCCUCAGCGCUCAGGCUCACUGCGCCACCCUGCUUCCUGUCCAGGACGUUUACUUUCAUGCCUGUGUGUUCGACCUGAUCACCAGUGGGGACCUGAAUUCCAGCAUGGCAGUGGUCAAUGCGCUCCAGGACGCUCAGGACAUGAUCCCAGACUCACAGACCAUCCACCUCUUACCUGUAGACUCCGCCCUCCAGCAUCAAGUCCACCUGAGCCCCCUGUUACUGCUGAUACUGCUCAGCAUGCUGGGAAGUCUGAGUGUGACCUGA